AUCAAACCUACUGCACUCCUUGCAAAUUUCAUCUCCUCUCUUCACUUCCACACACGAGCUUAUGAAGAAGUAGCAAACCAUAUACAUACCUCAAAAUGGACUCUUCCUCCUCAAUCAACCGAAGUACGACGACGACGACGACAACUACAAGCAGCAGCAAGAGCAGCAGUAGCAGCGGCAGUGAGCUCUUCAUCUGCUUCAACACUCGUCGUCGUCUCACAACAAGAAUCUCGGCGAGACCUUCCAUUCUAAGCCCUGCCCGUGACCCCCACAUCUCGCUCUCCACUUGCCGCAGUAUCAGCAGCAGCCGCAGGCUCCGAAGCAGCGGCAGCACCGCCAGGAACCGCGGCCGUUCCUCUCCCCUGUUCGCGGGUGCGGCCAAGAAGAGAGGCUCCGGGUUCGACAACCCGGAGCCCUCUUCUCCGAAGGUGACUUGCAUUGGCCAGGUUCGCGUGAAGCCGAAGAAGAAAGGGAUCAAGAUUAGAAGUUUACCUAGAAGGCAGAGCGGGGAAGUGAGUUUCAGAACAUUGGAUCAGAUUCAGAGGCAGAGUAGUUAUAACAAUGCUUUGUUUCAGAAUCCGAGGAACCAGAGAUGGGUGCAUUUGCCGUCGUUUGAUUGUUUGAUUCCUUGUAAAUCAGCCUGUGUUUGUGAAAAUGAUAAGGGGGAUGGGAAGGAAGUGGUGAAUCAGGUGGUGGUUGUCCAAGAAAAUGCGAAAAAGGAACAAGAUCAAUUGCCUUUGAGGAGUGCAAGGAGGCAUGUUUUCGAUAGAAUUGAGAUUAAAGAUGAGGGUCUAAAGGAUAUGGAGGAGAAGAAUUUGAGUAUUCCGCCUAAGAAUGCGCUUUUGCUGAUGAGGUCUAGGUCGGAUCCUGUGAAGAUGGAUGAGGAGAAGAAUGUGAGUGUUCCGCCUAAGAAUGCGCUUUUGUUGAUGAGGUGCAGAUCGGAUCCUGUGAAGAUGGAGGCUCUUGUUAAUAGAUGUUGGGAGCCUCAGUUACCGAAACAGGUAGAGGAAGAUGAUGAUGAAGAAGUGGUUGAGGACAGUGAUGAAAAUAUUCUUGUGGAUGUGAAAAAUGUUGAAAUUGAAGAUGAGAAAGUGAGCGAAGAAGAGGAAACAGAGGGCGUGAAAAGAUUAGUAGUAGAUGAAGAGAGUGAGGAAGAAGAUGAUGAAGGAAUCGAAGCAACGAGAGAUAAGAAUGAAGAUGAGAGUAGAGUAAGUUAUAGUAAUGCCUCAUUUUCUCUACAGUCAGAUGAUGAUUUGAGUGAACCAGAUGAUGAUGAUGAUGAAGAGAUAGCUACACUAUACGAAGAAGAAACAUCGAGCCAUGUCAAGAUUUUGGAAGAGAAAACAGAGGAGCUGGAAAGGGAGAAUGAAGCAAAAACAAUGGUAAAGAGAGAAAGUGAGGAGGUGGUAAAGAAAGAAGAGACAAGAGGCUCAAAGCUUCCUGAUUGUUUGUUGUUAAUGAUGUGUGAGCCUAAAUUAUCAAUGGAGGUUUCGAAGGAGACAUGGGUUUGUGACAGAGGCUUUGUUGAGGAAAAAGGUAAGGUGGAUAAGGUGAGUGUGGAAUGCAAUGCUAAACAGCAUUGGCCACUCACAAAACCUUCGUGUACUUUUCCGGCUUCUAUGGCUGCGAUGAUAGAGCACAAAUUACUGAAUGCAGCAGCGUACGAGCCGUUUGUGCUGACAAGAUGCAAGUCUGCGCCAAUCAGGACGGCUGGUGCCAUUCAGCUGGUUCCGGAUGGGUGGUUUUGGAAGAAUGAGGGGCUUCAGAAGCAUCGCCGUGGUGGAUUUGGGGCAGCUGAGCUGGUGGCCUUUCAGCUGAGCCGGUAAAAAGUAAAAUUUGGAAUUUACAGGCGAUAUUACUGCUGUUAUUUGGGCUGUUUAGUGUGUUUUGGAUGCUUCGUUUUACUAGUAAAUCUUCAUAUGUAAUACUACUACUAAUCCAUGUAUUGAUUUCGUUCAACUCAGGAACAAGGUUUGGAAUAAGUCUUGUUGUAUUUCAUUUUUCAUCCGAUGUUUGUAUUUCAUUUUUCAUCCGAUGUUUGUAAUUAGUCGUCGUAGAGUUGCUGGUUUUGCUGGUAAUGUAAGUGAUUCACUCAGGCAAUAAGCAUCGAUCAUGAUAUUUACGUUUUUAUGGAGCUGUGAUUUGGUUUUCUCAGAA